GUAAGCGCUCCGAAUCAAUGAUUCGAAUCUUCAGGAAACAUUCAAUGUUUCGAAUGUGUCCAUCACCAGUCAGUGUUAUCUCGGUACAUAUUCCGCAAUGGACAACAGAGACACAGAACAUGGAUAUGUAUACAGGACUAAUGAUGAUAAAAAGAGAAACGUGAAACCUGAUUCAGACUCCUUAGACUCAGACACUGAGAGUUUGGUGCAGGACAAAGCUCACCACAGAGAGCUUCAGAUGCGCAUACUGAACGGUGUUGGUGAAAGCAGCUCCUCUUAUGAUGACAACAUCGAGAGAUCAGAGCAUGAAGAGGACUUUGCCUUUGACCCAAACCCUGCUAUCACUGAAACAUUUGCAGAGCAAAACAUCAACUAUUCAAGGGCAUAUGAUCCGUCAGAUUAUGACCAACUUCUUGUCACGUCAGAUACCAAAGAACUUUUCCAGUACAUCACACGAUACACACCACAGACCAUUGAAUUGGACCAUAAGCUGAAGCCUUUUAUUCCUGACUUCAUUCCAGCUGUAGGUGACAUUGAUGCUUUCCUCAAAGUUCCUCGUCCGGAUGGGAAGGUGGAUGGUCUGGGCUUGCUGGUGUUGGAUGAACCAUGUGCUAAGCAAUCUGACCUAACUGUGCUCUCCCUGUGGCUUUCUGAGAACAGUAAACAACACAAUGUCACUGAAGUGAAAGUGAAGAGUAUUGAGAACCCACAGAAGAACCCAAAAGCUAUAGAUAACUGGAUAGAAAGCAUCAGUGAACUACAUCGCUCCAAACCACCAGCUACAGUACAUUACACCAGACCCAUGCCAGACAUUGAUACCCUGAUGCAGGAAUGGCCACCUGAGUUUGAAGAGCUUUUGGGCAAGGUGAACCUCCCCACAGCAGAUAUUAAUUGUGACCUGGCAGAGUACAUUGACAUAAUUUGUGGUAUCUUGGACAUUCCAGUGUACAAGAACCGAAUCCAGUCUCUCCACGUCCUGUUCAUACUUUAUACUGAAUUCAAAAACUCCCAGGUUUGUUUUAAUUUUUUGGCCUUCUCGUGCUCCUCUCUGAAAUGUCUGACAUGUCUGACAGUGAGAUCUGUUAUUACUCUGGUGUGGGAAGGAGUUACUACAAUUUAAAGUGGGUUUUAGUGUAAUUCCUUUUUGUUGUCUACCUAAACACAGAUUGAAAUCACAAUACAGUCCUCAGUACAAUAUUAUAUUAUCUUUCUACAAGUUCUGUAGCUUAACUGCUUAAGAAGACUUUCCUAAGUAACAGUGACACAUAGCCUCCAGAACUAACAACUAUAGAGGAAAUGUUCGUAGAAAAAAUAUCUGAUUAACUUAUUAUUUCCUGUGAAAUGUGACGUGUAUGUGUGGAACACCAGUUUUGCAUCACAGCUGAUGAGACUACAUGACUGAGUAUUUCUCAAUCUUGUCUCUAGCACUUUAAGUAUUCGACAGAGGGCCGCAAGUCCAACAUGUCACAAAUUCAACAUAUUGCUACUACAGAAGCAGAGACACUCACACUAGAGUGAUCUUUUUGUCUGUCUCUUAUUCCCUCUUUCACUCUCACUCUCACUCUCUCUCUCUCUCACACACACACACACACACACACACACACACACACACACACACACACACACACACACACACACACACACACACACACACACACACACACCAGCAUAUACUGUAUGAAUUCACAAAGUUUAUGAAAGCGCCAAUGAGUCACAUGUCACUCCACUCCCCCUCUUUCCUUUACUUCUGUAAGCAGUAUGCACCUCUCAAGUUUGUCAUUUUUUUAUUAAGAAAAUGUCUGUAUAUAUUACAUUUCUAUGAAAUGGAUGUAUAGCUACAGUUUCUUUAUUCUGUGAUUUUGCAAUAAAGACUUUUCCCCCUCA